AUGUCCACCGCGGCCGUACCUCAAACUGAAAUGCAACGGGAAGCCUUCAGUGACGACCAUUUGCUCUUUUGCGGCCUCGACACGGACGAUGCCACCAAGCAACGACAGCAACAGCCUUUCGUGGCUCGACCAGACCCAGGAACCACAUUCACUAUUUCCCAAGAUGAUUUGGACGGCCUCUACAAUUUUCCGGACCCGUUCAAAGGGUUGCGGCGUGAACACGGCAGAACAAUCGACUUGGUGGAUCGCAAACUGCCUGAAGAAAUCUUUCUGGACUUGCUUGGUUCGAACAAAUCACCCAAGCCUCGCUAUCUGGCAGGUGUCGGUGGUGCCGGCAAAAGCAGUAUCAUGCUGAUGCUGGCCGUACUGGCCAUGCGCCACAACAAGGCCUUGUUUGCACCGGCUUCUGCUCCUGCUCCUGCUUCUACUUCGACUUCUCCCCUUGUUGCUUCAGCUCCUGGGCCUGCUCGCGCCUCAUUCGAUGGCGUCAUCUUUCUCAUCUACCAGCCCGCUACAUAUUCGUUCGUGGACGAUACUGCCGAAUUGGCGGCCUUCGGACUGAUUUACGAAAUGCAAGUGAACAACCGCCGCUUCCUGCAGUCUCGAAUGUUUGACGAGCCCGCGUUUGAGGUACUCAAGGAUGCGUUUGUGCGACGCAAGACCUCGUCUAGAGAUUCUGAGGCUUCUCUCGACCAGUGGGGCCGCAUCAAGGCUGCAUUGAAAAGCCUCGAGUCCCAGAGUCACCGUUUUCGUGUACUCGUCCUCAUCGACCAGUGGAAUGCGAUCAUUGAAGCGAAUGCACUUCCCGUUGGAGACCGGGACAAGCUCGAGGCAGACCAUCCUGCUCAAGACUUUUCCAGGCUCGACGCCAGCUUCGGUUGCUCGCUCUUCGUGACUGCAAUCGGCUCCUCGCUCAGCAACGGUUCGGUCGAAGUCUGGUGCGAUGCGCAAGCUGGGGAUGCAAAAGUGACAGUUCAGCCGCUCACUCCCGAAGAGGCUGAGACGCUACGCGCCAUUUGGUACUACCGCAGCCCAUCCUUGGCAGUCACUCGCGAAGAAAUGCAGAGGCAGUUCCUCGACCUCGGUGGCGUUGUGCACAUUUUGCAGUGGUAUGCAUCUUCGCACUUCAAGAAUAAUUUCAACUCCGAUUUGCAGGACAUGUACUGGAGCUACUAUGGCUGCCGACUCGAUAGAGUCCGAAAGCGAGCUACCAGCAAGCGCCGUCUUGUUGAAGACCUUACCGCAAUAUUUGUGCACGGUCAGACUCUUGAGACACUUGAUGAUGUAUGGCUGGAGACCAACAUGGUCAAGCGCGAUCCGGAUGACCCAAGGCGGCUGAUUCCAGUGAGCCCUUGCACUCGCAGAGCUGCGCUCGCAGUCCUCAAUCAAAUGAUGACGGAUCCACGUUUCGAGGUUUGA